ACUGAGAACAACAUUGUUUUACACGUACGAAAUGACUCGUUGCUGCAGGAACGAUGGACUAUGAUACGUCCUGAGCAAAAAUGGCCAUGCUUUAGCAGAGUGAACAGCUUGAGAUGCAAGAAUUGUUCGUUCGGUGAUCCUGACUGCAAUUCUGGCAACGUACCAGAGAGAGAGUGCCUAACCAACCAAGUCUGCUACGCAAUUAGAUUUUUCUCCCCAGGACAAUCGGACCAAACAGUUACACUUCGUGGCUGCACAGCAAAUGACGAAGGUAACCACUGCGUGGAUGUCGACGAAACGUGGAAGGAGUGCCACCUCUACUGCUACACAGACAACUGUAACAGUGCAUCCAAUAUUGGUGAAGAAUGAUAGGACUGUAUUGACCUGCAUCAUUUUGUCAGAAAUCGCCACUGACACCAAAAACUAGGGUUUUAGUACUUUUAUGUUAUAAAAGAAAAUAUAAAGAAAAAAUACUCUUCAGUAAAUUUUUGUCCAUGAUACACAAAAGAUGAACUAUGUAAUCCCAUAUAAAAACCGUCUUCAGUAUUUAUUGUUUCUUGCUAUGCAUCAACGUGAAAGCUUUAAAAAGAUAUUCCUGGUAUUGAAAUGUUGUUUCUGGCUUGUUAAAUGGCAACAUCUGACAUCAAAUUAUUUAAUUUCUGUCCAGAAAACUGAAGAAAAGUAGUAAUCCAU